AUGUUCACCGAUAUCGAGGCGGCUGAAGCGCUGCUUGAGCUUCGCUACAACACACGUGCCGCAAAUCAAUCAUUACCCAUGCCAAAUCUACCCGAGAGGAACGAUCAAGGAACGCAGACCGAUCCUGUUCUCGAUUAUCCUUCAAGUGUCAAUUUAGAAGAACUGGAAACGGCAUUAAAACGCUUGUACCAGCAGGUCCUAGCCGUAUUAUCUAAUUUUGAAAAAAAUGAAAGACGAUCAAUAAUGGAUAGGACAUCUGAAGAUCGAGGACUAGAUGAGAAUGAAGAGAUUUUAGCAGUAGAAGAACCGACCAUUGUUCUUCAAAAUACGUCAAGUGUUGAGCUCGAAAUGGAUGAGAUGGCUGGUGGCUUAAAAAUACGUAGAGUAUCAGCGCAGACUACUAACGCAUGUUUGCCAUUGUCGGUUAACAAUGUUGAUAUGGUUUCAAUUGGAAACGGCAAUGUCACCGUGCCUGCCAGACUAAUGGCAGAAAUCGAUUGGACUUCUCACACCUCAGCGACGAGACGAUUGUUGCAAUCCGUCUUUCCUAGAAGAAUUCUAGCCACUCAUUCCUUAACUGGAAAGCAGUCACCAGCGUUUGCGAAUAAACCACCGAAAAAGCAAUUGGACCCCAAAUUAGUAGACGAUAUUAUGUUCACCGAUAUCGAGGCGGCUGAAGCGCUGCUUGAGCUUCGCUACAACACACGUGCCGCAAAUCAAUCAUUACCCAUGCCAAAUCUACCCGAGAGGAACGAUCAAGGAACGCAGACCGAUCCUGUUCUCGAUUAUCCUUCAAGUGUCAAUUUAGAAGAACUGGAAACGGCAUUAAAACGCUUGUACCAGCAGGUCCUAGCCGUAUUAUCUAAUUUUGAAAAAAAUGAAAGACGAUCAAUAAUGGAUAGGACAUCUGAAGAUCGAGGACUAGAUGAGAAUGAAGAGAUUUUAGCAGUAGAAGAACCGACCAUUGUUCUUCAAAAUACGUCAAGUGUUGAGCUCGAAAUGGAUGAGAUGGCUGGUGGCUUAAAAAUACGUAGAGUAUCAGCGCAGACUACUAACGCAUGUUUGCCAUUGUCGGUUAACAAUGUUGAUAUGGUUUCAAUUGGAAACGGCAAUGUCACCGUGCCUGCCAGACUAAUGGCAGAAAUCGAUUGGACUUCUCACACCUCAGCGACGAGACGAUUGUUGCAAUCCGUCUUUCCUAGAAGUCGAAACAAUAUCUAUUGGCGUCGCAAGGCAGCCGCAAAUCAGUGGAACGUUCAGAAUCUUAAACUGACAUUCGAUCAAGGAACGCAGACCGAUCCUGUUCUCGAUUAUCCUUCAAGUGUCAAUUUAGAAGAACUGGAAACGGCAUUAAAACGCUUGUACCAGCAGGUCCUAGUCUUGUUAUCUAAUGUUGAAAUAAAUGAAAGUCGAUCAAUAAUGGAUAGGACAUCUGAAGAUCGAGGACUAGAUGAGAAUGAAGAGAUUUUAGCAGUAGAAGAACCGACCGUUGUUCUUCAAAAUACGUCAAGUGUUGAGCUCGAAAUGGAUGAGAUGGCUGGUGGCUUAAAAAUACGUAGAGUAUCAGCGCAGACUACUAACGCAUGUUUGCCAUUGUCAGUUAACAAUGUUGAUAUGGUUUCAAUUGGAAACGGCAAUGUCACCGUGCCUGCCAGACUAAUGACAGAAAUCGAUUGGACUUCCCACACCUCAGCGACGAGACGAUUGUUGCUAGCCGUCUUUCCUAGAAGAAUUCUAGCUACUCAUUCCUUAACUGGAAAGCAGUCACCAGCGUUUGCGAAUAAACCACCGAAAAAGCAAUUGGACCCCAAAUUAGUAGACGAUAUUGUCAACACCGUCGCUGAAAGGUGCAAUGUUUCUAAAAGGAUUGUUAGGAGCUCCAUUACGACGAAAUGUUCGGACGAAGCAAAGUUAUAUAGAAAUCGUCAACGGUUUAGAAAAAAGCGCGAACAACAAAACCGAGAGAACGUCCCGCCAUCUUCUGCGACAUCGGGCGAAUCCACCACUGUUUGAGAUUAAGGAGACAAAGAUCU